AUGCUCCUGUGGUUUUGCUGUAUCACACACGAAAACACAAAAAAAUAUAUUGUAAGUUGUGCCCGCUUGUACGAGGUGUUUCUUGGUGUAUUCUACUUUUUCCCGUUUCUUAAGUAUAACACAACCUUUUUUUUGGUUGUUCUUUGUUAUUUACACCUUCUGAUCUCUCUUGUCCCUUACCUAGUAGUCACAUUACUGCAUUUUACCGGCUUAGUGGAGAGGCUGGUGCUCAUGUCUUACAGAUUUUUCGCGUCGAAGCUAAAACCAUGGAAAGACAUUGUUACGGAAAGUGUUGAUUGUUUAGUUGUUGCAGCCCUCUGCGGAUCGUUCAACCCUAUGCACAAAACGCACGUUGAGAUGUACAACCUCGUAGAGGAGGUUCUGAAAGGAACGGUAUGGCAAAAGUCUCUGUUAGUUGGUGGGUUUGUCUCUCCGGUGAACGAUGGUUAUGAAAAGGAAGGACUCCACAGUUUUGAGGAACGCGUCGCCGUCUGCGAUGCGUCACUUGCUGGUCACCCUGCGUUAUCUGUUGAUCGUUGGGAAGGACUGCAGCCGGAUUUUGUAAACACUUUUUGGGUGUUGGACCACAUCCAGCGACAGGUGCAGAAUUGGUACGAAAAUGAUGCCAAUCCAAAUGAGGCGCAGUUGUCGUGGUUACGCGAACACCCAGUGCGUGUACUGUUCGUUUGUGGAAGUGACCUUUCGGCGACAUUUCUCAUACCAGGCGUUUGGGAGCUACCGUUGCUUAAAAGGCUUCUAGAUAACUUUGGUAUUGUUGUGUACCGACGGCCGGGAACACCGAGCUGGAAGGAGUUGUUAGAAGCUGAGGGAUCAGUUGUGCACGAUGAUCUCGUUGAAGAAGACGGAAGCAUGACGCCAUUAUCUUUGGACCUCUCUUCCUAUUCAAUUAUUGAAACCGAUCUGUUGAAUAGCUUCAUAUCGGCUACGGAUAUUCGUAAGCAGCUGCUGAUGGAGCCAGCAGCUGAUCUUACUGCGUUUGUCAUCCCCACCGCGGAGGAGCUUAUCCGUAAGUUUUAUGGGAAAGAGCCGGUGAGUAUCUCCUAA